AUGUCAUCGGACUCCCACAUUGCGCAGGCUUGCUCAAAGCGAUGCGGUGCCAAAGUCCUUUACGUCGAUCUCGUCAGCUUGCAAUUUGAGGAAGAAGUAGAAGACGAUGCCCUCGAAGAUGAGAAAGCUUCUGCCGGUGCAGCAGGACCGAAAUUCGGUUCUUCCAGAAGGGUGUACAUCUGUGUUGGGCAGUCGUGUAUCUUCCUGCUGAGAUCCAGCAUGUCUCAGAAGUUGAAAGCCUACGACGGUCAGAUCGACUACGUUUGGAUGGAAAAGAUUGUGCAGGACACGAGCAGCAGGUCUCGAUUUCUCUUGGCCUUGAACGAUAAGCGGCCCAAGGGCUCUCCGGCUCAGUUCAUCAUUGACACGGACAAUCGAGAUGGCUUGCUGACCUUGAUCUGCACGAACUAUGUCUCGGAUUGCAUUCAAGAUUUGGGGAGUUUGAGCACUUUGCCCUUCUUUCAGCACAGCUUGGCCACGAGCCCGGCGCCAAGCCGCGUCGCAGCUCCGAAGGGCUUCAAGAUGAUGGACUUUCGUGGCUACACCUUCUUCAUCAGGCAGAGCUUCAAAGAGCAGCCGAGCAAGAUCUCCAAAGUCUCUACGGGGCACUUCAAGGCUACUGAGGGAGAUUUGAAUCUGGGAGAGAGGUCCUGGGGAUGGUCGCGGCAAGGCGAGGUGGAGCUCUUCGUGAACGUGGUUGAUCCGAUCCCGCUGUCGGAGUUGAUACCCCUCGGCCGCGAGCACGUCCGAUGGGUGGCAAUGGAAUGUAAAGCCUCUCUCUUGAAGUCAUGGGAUUCCGUGGUUUUGGAGAAUACUCCGUACACGAAGAAGAUGAACCUCGCCAAUGACAUUGCGGCAUGGAGUUGCUGGCAGCUCGCAGUGCGUGACCAGGAAGACAGCUGGGCCAUUGUGGUGCUCAGGCGGCAGUACGUGCCUCCGAUGAUGGACGUCGUGCAGGAUUUCAUCCUUGCGAUGAAGUGCCCGAGCAAGUCUGUGAGUGCACAGACGGUCCAGGGGAAGCUCUUGAAGGAGGUUGCCUUCAUUGCUGACAGUUUCAGCCCGGCUCCACACCCGAACCUGAACGCCGACAUUGUCCAGGCCAAGCUUGAUGCACUUCUCUACGACUCCGAAGCAUAUGCCUGGAUCCACAAUCGGUUCAAGUUGCAGCCACACGGGCCGGUUGACGUUGAAAAGCACGCAACCAUCUUCGUCAAGGGCGUGGUGAAGAGUCUCUACAACGAGCACGUGCUCUCCUCAAUAGAGGUCCUUGAGGAAAUCUCGAGUCGGACCGAAGAGAAUUGUACCCUGGCCGAAGCCGACUUGGAACCGCUGACGGUGGCGCUGAAGCUGUUGAGCCACCCGGGCCAGGGCCUUCCGAGGACCGCCGCCAGCUCUUCUUGCGCCGCCCGCAGACAGUGA